AUGGAAUCUGGUAGAAGGGGAUGGAAUCUGGGAGAAGGGGAUGGAAUCUGGGAGAAGGUGAUGAAAUCGGGGAGAAGGAAUAGAAUCUGGGAGAAGGGGAUGGAAUCUGGGAGAAGGGAAUGGAACUUGGGAGAAGGGGAUGGAAUUUGGGAGAAGGGGAUGGAAUCUGGGAGAAGGGGAUGGAAUCUGGGAGAAGAGGAUGGAAUCUGGGAGAAGGGGAUGGAGUCUGGGAGAAGGGGAUGGAAUCAGGGAGAAGGGGAUGGAAUCUGGGAGAAAGGGAUGGAAUCAGGGAGAAGGGGAUGGAAUCUGGGAGAAGGGGAUGGAAUCUGGGAGAAGGGGAUGGAAUCUGGGAGAAGGGGAUGGAAUCUGGGAGAAGGGGAUGGAAUCUGGGAGAAGGGGAUGGAAUCUGGGACAAGGGGAUGGAAUCUGGGAGAAGGGUAUGGAAUCAGGGAGAAGGGGAUGGAAUCUGGGAGAAGGGGAUGGAAUCUGGGAGAAGGGGAUGGAAUCUGGGAGAAGGGGAUGGGAUCUGGGAGAAGGGGAUGGAAUCUGGGAGCAGGGGAUGGAAUCUGGGAGAAGGGGAUGGAAUCGGGGAGAAGGAGAUGGAAUCUGGGAGAAUGGGAUGGAAUUUGGGAGAAGGGGAUGGAAUCUGGGAGAAGGGGAUGGAAUUUGGGAGAAGGGGAUGGAAUCUGGGAGAAGGGGGUGGAAUCUGGGAGAAGGGGAUGGAAUCUAGGAGAAGGGGAUGGAAUCGGGGAGAAGGAGAUGGAAUCUGGGAGAAUGGGAUGGAAUUUGGGAGAAGGGGAUGGAAUCUGGGAGAAGGGGAUGGAAUUUGGGAGAAGGGGAUGGUAUCAGGGAGAAGGGGAUGGAAUCUGGGAGAAGGGGAUGGAAUCUGGGAGAAGGGGGUGGAAUCUAGGAGAAGGGGAUGGAAUCUGGGAGAAGGGAGAAGGGGAUGGAAUCUGGGAGAAGGUGAUGAAAUCGGGGAGAAGGAAUAGAAUCUGGGAGAAGGGGAUGGAAUCUGGGAGAAGGGAAUGGAACUUGGGAGAAGGGGAUGGAAUUUGGGAGAAGGGGAUGGAAUCUGGGAGAAGGGGAUGGAAUCUGAGAGAAGGGGAUGGAAUCUGGGAGAAGGGGAUGGAAUCUGGGAGAAGAGGAUGGAAUCUGGGAGAAGGGGAUGGAGUCUGGGAGAAGGGGAUGGAAUCAGGGAGAAGGGGAUGGAAUCUGGGAGAAAGGGAUGGAAUCAGGGAGAAGGGGAUGGAAUCUGGGAGAAGGGGAUGGAAUCUGGGAGAAGGGGAUGGAAUCUGGGAGAAGGGGAUGGAAUCUGGGAGAAGGGGAUGGAAUCCGAGAGAAGGGGAUGGAAUCUGGGAGAAGGGGAUGGAAUUUGGGAGAAGGGGAUGGAAUCUGGGACAAGGGUAUGGAAUCAGGGAGAAGGGGAUGGAAUCUGGGAGAAGGGGAUGGAAUCUGGGAGAAGGGGAUGGAAUCUGGGAGAAGGGGAUGGGAUCUGGGAGAAGGGGAUGGAAUCUGGGAGCAGGGGAUGGAAUCUGGGAGAAGGGGAUGGAAUCGGGGAGAAGGGGAUGGAAUCUGGGAGAAUGGGAUGGAAUUUGGGAGAAGGGGAUGGAAUCUGGGAGAAGGGGAUGGAAUUUGGGAGAAGGGGAUGGAAUCUGGGAGAAGGGGAUGGAAUCAGGGAGAAGGGGAUGGAAUCUGGGAGAAGGGGAUGGAAUCUGGGAGAAGGGGGGAGAAUGGGAUGGAAUUUGGGAGAAGGGGAUGGAAUCUGGGAGAAGGGGAUGGAAUCUGGGAGAAGGGGGUGGAAUCUGGGAGAAGGGGAUGAACUCUGGGAGAAGGGGAUGGAAUGUGGGAGAAGGGGAUGGAAUCUGGGAGAAGGGGAUGGAAUCUAGGAGAAGGGGAUGGUCUCAGGGAGAAGGGGAUGGAAUCUGGGAGAAGGGGAUGGAAUCAGGGAGAAGGGGGUGGAAUCUGGGAGAAGGGGAUGAAAUCAGGGAGAAGGGGACGGAAUCAGGGAGAAGGGGAUGGAAUCUGGGAGAAGGGGGUGGAAUCUGGGAGAAGGGGGUGGAAUCUGGGAGAAGGGGAUGGAAUCUGGGAGAAGGGGAUGGAAUCUGGGAGAAGGGGAUGGAAUAUGGGAGAAGGGGAUGGAAUCUGGGAGAAGGGGAUGGAAUCUGGGAGAAGGGGAUGGAAUCUGGGAGAAGGGGAUGGAAUCUGGGAGAAGGGGAUGGAAUCUGGGAGAAGGGGGUGGAAUAUGGGAGAAGGGGAUGGAAUCUGGGAGAAGGGGAUGGAAUCUAG